AUGAAGGGCCGGCCAGAGGCCAGUGAGGGCAAGGAACCCAGCGCGGACAAGGGGGGCAAGGAGGAGGAGGGCAGCAUCUCUCCUGUUCCGGAGAGGGUGUGCGUGGGGGGCUCCCCAGUGUACACGGUGGAGAGGAAGCUUGGCAAGGGCGGGUUCGGCCAAGUGUACGUAGGCAAGCGCGCACAGGCGUCCAAGGCCAAGGACGGUGCUGGCGCCAACGAGGUAGCCCUCAAGUUUGAGCACAGGAGCAGCAAGGGAUGCAUCUGUGGGCCCCCCUUCGAGUGGUCUAUCUACGGCCGCCUUGGCGGGUGCCAUGGCAUUCCCAAAGUGCACUACAAAGGGAUGCAAGGAGACUACUACAUCAUGGUGAUAGACAUGCUAGGGCCCAGCCUGUGGGAUGCCUGGAAUACGCAGGGACAGGUGAUGUCACAGGAGAUGGUUGCAUGCAUUGCAGUUGAGGCUCUCUCCAUCCUCAAGGAGCUUCACAACAAGGGGCAUGUGCACGGCGAUGUGAAGCCCGAAAACUUCUUGCUUGGGCCGCCAGGCACUCCAUCUGAGAAGAAGCUGUUCUUGGUCGACCUUGGGCUUGCCACAAGAUGGAGAGAAAAUGUUUGUGAAACUCAUGUGGAGUACGAUCAGAGGCCAGAUGUGUUCAGAGGUACUGUAAGAUAUGCCAGUGUGCACGCACAUCUGGGAAGAACAGCCAGCCGAAGAGAUGACCUGGAGUCACUAGCUUACACGCUGCUCUUCCUGCUAAAGGGGCGGCUGCCCUGGCAAGGAUACCAGGGUGACAACAAGGGCUUCUUGGUCUGCAAGAAGAAGAUGGCCACCUCUGCAGAGAUGCUGUGCCGCUACACACCACUUGCUUUUAGACAGUUCACAGAGGCUGUGAUGAACCUCAAGUUCGAUGAGGAGCCAAGGUACGAUGCCUACAUGAAGCUGUUUGAGCCCCUGUGUGGACCCACGACAAGCCGGCCCGUCCUCACCGAAGGCGCUGCCAAAGUAGGCGAGAAGCGAAGCAGGGAUGCGACUGAGGAUGUGCUGGAUGAGUCACCCAAGAAAAAGACCCGAAUUGGUUUGCCUGCAACGCAAUGGAUCACUGUCUACAAUGCACACAGACCAAUGAAGCAAAGGUACCACUACAAUGUGGCCGACACGAGGGUGCAGCAGCACGUGGACAAAGGCAACGACGAUGGCCUGUACAUCAGCAGCGUGGCCUGCUGCCAGGAUAUGUGGGCCCUCAUCAUGGACGCUGGCACAGGCUUCAUGUGCCAAGUCUACAACCUCAGCAGCCAAUUCCUUCCCAAGGACUGGAUCAUGGAAAAGUGGGAAGACGGGUUCUACAUUACGGCCAUGGCGGGCUCUUUUGGCAGCUCCAGCUUUGUGGUCAUGUCCAAAGGCACCCCCUACACGCAGCAGUCCUACAAGGUCUCUGACUCGUUCCCCUUCAAAUGGAUCAACAAGAAGUGGAAGGAGGGAUUCUUCGUGACGUCGAUGGCCACCAGCCACACACGGGAUUAA